CUUAUUAAGCUAUUUUAUAAGUAGCCCGUUGCAUCCUCGUACGUGCAUGGUCAUCAUCAUGUUCCGUAUAAUUUAUUCACUCACGACACAUGGUGCACGGACCGCUAAUGCUAUGUAAUAAUGAAGUUUCCUCCACUGCAAGUUAUAUGUUACAACUGUUGUGAACUUGAACAGGACAAUAAAUUGUCCUAACGCGUAGAUAAAUUAGAAAAGCAAAGCAAAUUAGUUAAUUAUGAGUAGCAACAAAAGUACAGUCAGCAUCACAUCUUACACUUACAGUGACAGUGUUACACCUAAAUCAUAGAAAUAAGCCAUGACAUGUGCAAAGAAAUUGAAAACUGCUGUGGACUGUGAAGAGGAGCGACACUGGAUCCUCCCUGUAUUGGCACAACAUAUCACUACAAACACUAUCGAACUCGAUACGGUUUAUGCCGGUGCUAUUGAAGACAAAAAGGUCACCUCUCGUCUUCUCAAGGAGUUGUGCAUUGCCUAUCCACUGAAAUUGCACCAGCACCUGAAAAGAAUCAGAAAUUCUGGAACUGGAAAGAACGUGAGACUGGAAGUACUGCUCUGCUGUGAGCGCGACUUGCCGUGCCCCGAAGAAAGGAUCCGCUCCCAAAUGCAUGCGACGCUCGAGGCGAACAACGUAAGCACGGAAGGACUAGGAAACGUAUACCUAGCGAAAGUGCCGAGGUCUUCGCCUCUCACCCGCGCUCAGUACCGCGAGGCUAUCGCCUACUGGCCGACGCAGUUUCACGAGGACAAGCAGCUGGAAUUGCUUCUCGAUGGCCGUUAUUUCGGCAGCGCGGACAGGACGAAGAUUGAAAACCACAUGCGAACGGCGAUUUCUCGCGCGCGGAACUCGACGGGCGAAGCGCGCGUCGGCGCCGUCUUCGUCGACCCGCUAUCGGACACGGUCGUUUGCUCUUCGUGCGACCUGCGCGACGCUGAGCAUCCGUUCCACCACGCGCCGAACGUCUGCGUCGAUCUCGUGGCAAGAAGCCAGGGCGGUGGCGCGUACGAAUACAACGGUGUCUCCGCGAACCCCGAUAGCUCGGACUCGCCGUGCUUCGUUCGCGAGCUACGUCGUUGCAGUCCAGAGGCAGAAGUGCCGCGUGCGCCCGACGAGAGGACGCCUGGCACGCGAGAGUUGGAGGGGCACAAAGGCAGGACCGCGACGGUCGACAAAGGCCUCGCAAGAAAUUCCGCGGGCUUGCCCUACUUGUGUACUGGCUACGACUUGUACACGACCCGCGAACCUUGCGUUAUGUGCGCGAUGGCCUUGUUGCAUUCUCGUAUCAGGCGGGUCUUUUAUGGAUGUUCAGUACCAGGUGGUGCCUUGGGGUCAUAUUACAAUAUACAUGUCCAACCUGAGCUAAAUCAUCAUUUUGAGGUGUUCCGAGGCAUUCUGCAGGAAGAGUGUAAAAAACUGCAAUGGGACACCGUGUAAUUUUUACUAAGGUAAUGAAUCGGUAGAAAUGUAUCAUGUAAUUUAUAUUAUAAUUUCGUUUUGUGUGUACUCGUGAAA